AUGGAUGAUGGAGAGUUUGAAAUAGCUGAUGAUGAGGAUGACGAAUCAACAAAUAAUCUUAACAUGGAUGAUGAAAAUAAUGAUAGUUUUUCCUCUAAUGAUGAUUACUCUGAUGAAGACGAUAUUCAAGAUUCAGUAGAUACCACAAAACAAAACUUCAUUGGAAUAAAAGUCUUCAAUACAGUCGAAUCGCAUAUGGAACAUUCUUAUUUUAAAGUUACAAUUAAUCAAAAUAUACAACAUACAAAAUAUAUACAUAAACAGACUACUUGUUGGUUAUUAACAGGCGAAAAAAGUAAACUUUCAAACGAUCGGUUACUUCAAGUAACGCAGAGUAAUAAAGAAGAAUAA